AUGGCCCGUGUGAAGCAGUUCUUGACGUUGCUUUCCAUAUAUUCUCUGUAUUUAAGCGGAGUCGCAGCAGAUGUGCAAUGCAACGGAGCAGACAGAAAAACCCUACUAGAAAUCAAGGCAGCCAUAACACAAGACCCGACGGGCGCCCUGAGCUCCUGGGGAAGACUACCCGACUGCUGUAAUGGCAACUGGAAUGGAGUGCACUGUGAUGUCAACACAGGCAAAGUAACAAUGAUCAAUCUGCGCUCCAAAUUCUUCGAUUCAUUGAACACCAACCAGUACAUGGCCGGCACGCUCUCCGAAUCCAUCGGGGAUCUCACGGAGCUUGUCAACAUCAGUCUUCCGGCGUGGAAAAAACUCACUGGAAAAAUUCCCAAUUCAAUCGUCCGCUUGCAUCAUCUCAACACGCUCGAUCUAUCGCAGAACGAUUUGAUCGGCAAAAUGCCGUCAUGGAUACCCAGGUUGAGCAAGCUGAGGGUACUCAGGCUGGGUGGGAACAGGUUACGGGGGAUCAUCCCGCAGGCCAUUACAACGAUGAGCAAUCUGCGCCAGCUGGAGAUCGAAGAAAAUCGGAUAACCGGCACAAUAUCCCCGUCAAUGGGUAAUCUGAGCAGGUUGGUGAGUCUCAGACUGAACAACAACCUCUUAUACGGUUCUCUGCCUGAGUCCAUCGGUUCCAUCCAAAGGCUCCUUGUGCUGGACGCUUCGCAUAACGCAUUGGUGGGAAGCAUUCCUUCGUCUUACGGAAACAUUUCGGGGCUUUUAUAUCUGUUUUUGGACAACAACAAGUUGGCCUACACAAUUCCUUCCUCGCUCGGUCGUUUGAGCAGACUGUGGGCGCUGCAUUUGGAGGAUAACCGGCUGACGGGCUACAUUCCGGCAUCCCUGGGCAACCUUUCAAGAUUGGUCGCUCUGGAUCUUUCCAGAAAUUUUUUGGAAGGUCCUAUCCCGACCUCAUUUUCUCUCUUCACCUUUCUGGGCACUUUCAAGGUCUCCGGAAACAGGCUUACGAACCCGCUUCCGUCUUUGCCUUCACUGCCUGACUUCUUGCACUUGUCUUACAAUAGAUUCAAGCUGGGUAAUUCUAUUCCCACCUGGAUCACGAAUUCGAGCUUGGGGUACGAGAUCAGUUUGGCAGGGUGUGGGAUCGACAUGCGGCUCGAGGACUGGAAGCCCAGUGCCGCCCAGUAUUUCACUUCGGUCGAUCUCUCUGCCAACAAUAUCAGUGGCAGUGCGGUUGAGUUUUUUGCAAGCAUGCCGUUCUUGAACCACGCCAAUUUGUCUUACAGUCAGCUUAGGUAUGACUUCUCCAGCGGAGUCAAUUAUUCUGGGCCGUUGCAGACACUUGAUCUCCAUUCCAAUCAUCUCUAUGGAAGUAUUCCGUCUUCUAUUGGCACGUUGACUGAUUUGAAAACUAUGGAUCUGUCAAAGAAUGGGCUUACUGGAAAAAUUCCCACGGAAAUGUUAAAUCUAUGGAAUCUGAGCCAGCUGAACGUGAGCUAUAAUCAUCUGUGCGGAGAGAUUCCUCAAGGGAAGCCACUGAACGAGUUUCCUGCGUCUUCCUAUUCCCUCAAUAAGUGUCUUUGUGAAUUGCCUCUUCCACCGUGUUAG